CGUAGCAAUGAAUCCUCAUGCUGGCGAACAGGAGCAGGGAAGUGGAUGCCCCGGGCUGGUUAACCCACAGAUUGGUGGCUUCUGGUGUAAAACCUGAUCUCCGGAGAAAACCCAAAUGGACUCCACAUGAAUCUCAGCUUCACAAAUCCCUGAGAACCCGCUUCUCCUUUCAAGGUAGGAUCCUCUCUCUCUUUCUCACCGGAACACAUCGAAAUGUACAACUCUUACGUCUGCUCUACUCGAUCCCUUAGCUGUGAAGGCUCUGUUCCAUUUUCAUUCAAUGAUUUCUCCUACUACCCAGACGAUAGAUUUACUAGAAACCCAAUGCCGUUAUCAACGCCAUCUUGCUGUUCUGUUUGUGCAAAUUCUCUGUGCAAAGUGCCCAUAAGCUCCAGGCUUUUAUAUGGGUUGAGGCAAUCUUCCCUAAUCCAGUGGUCAGCUUCCAGGAAGCUGAUGUUUGUUGGUGCAGAGAGGUAUUAUUGCCAAUUUAGGGGUCAAGAUAAUGGGCUGGGUAGUUGUUGUUGUGUGCAUGUGUGUUGUGCGAAGAAAAGGAGUGUUUGUGGUGGGAGAGGGAGGUGGGAAGAGGGUAGAUUCAGGUGUAGGGUUUCAAGGGAAGAGAGGGAAAGGGAUCGAGAAAACAGUGUCGGUGAGGCCGAAAUGAUGCUCAGCUUGUUGGCUGAGGAGGUAGGCCAGGAGCGUUUUGGUGUUGGGGAGAGAAAUGGUACGUUAUCUAGUAGGAGGAGGAGGGUAAAAGUGGAGAAGAGACGUGACUGUCGUAGAGCUUCUUAUAGCAGUAAGACAGAGCAUGUCGAUUCUGAUUUGUUAGAGAGGAAUGUGGAGUUUGAAUCUGAAUCUGUUAGGAUUGGAUCGAGGAAAAAAGUUUUUGGAAGAAAGGAAGACGGGCAGAAAACAGAAGAUGAGGAAAAUUAUUUGAGGGGGGAGAGAUGUAGAGGUAGGAAAGGAAGAUCUAGUUGCUCGUCUUAUUUCUCGUGUUCUUCAUGGGGUGAAUUUGAGAGUGACACUGAAGAUCAGGUUAGGCAACAGGAGCAAGAAGGGGAAUCAAGAAGUGAUUUCGAAAGGAAUUCAGCAGUAGAAAGUGGAGAAGCAACUUAUGAGGGGGAAACUAUGAGUGUGUUAAAGAGGCAAGGAGAUGUUAUGGGGGGACAUGGAGUUUUCAUGAGACAAGAAAAAAUUCCAGUAGUUUCAUAUCCAGCAUCCACUGGUCUUGGGUGUGAUGGGAGAAAAAAGUCAGAGAAGAAGCUAACUGAUAUAUUGGUUGAACAAAUAGACACCAGGGAGGAAUCAUUACAUAAGCACAUGAGGUUACCAGAGGUCAACAAAACUGGUUAUAGAAAAGGGUCUAGUUCCAUCAAGCAAUUUGAUAAAAUGGAAGAGAAGUCAACCUUGACCAUGGGUUUUGAUGGCAGAACAAGGCAGCAAUAUAGUCAAGAAGGCGUGCAAAAUACUAGACUGGCUAAACCAAAAGUGAAAUCUGAAAAUGCAACUGGGAUGGAGGAGAUCCAUGGCAGCUACAUUGAAGAAGUUUCUAGUUCUAUUAAGCGUUUUAGUGGGAGGGAAGAAAAUCUAAGUAUGAUAAGGCAUUUAGUUCAGGAAACAAGAGAUGAACACGCUAAAACAGCCGGCCAUUUAAGCUUUAAAGACGACUACAAAAGGAAUUCCCAGGAACUCAAUGAAAUGUCAGAAAUUCAAGAAAUCAAAGCCAGAGGGACCUCCAUCUUUCAGAAGCAGUCUGAGGCUAGUUUAAAUAAUCAAAAUGAUGAAUCAACUUUGACAUUGAGCUCAGUGCAGGACACAGAAGAGCAAACCCAUUUAACAGGUCAAUGGAACUCCAGAGAGAUGGAUUUGAGAAGAAAAUCCAAACAGUUAACUGAAUCAUCAGAUAUGCAUGAAGCUGGUGACAUGUCACAUUGGCCAGGGCAAUCUGGUAUUAGAAUGGAGAAUCAGGAAGACAGUUCAGGUUUGCAUUUUGGUUCACUUGCAGAAGCUGGUGGGCAACAGUUCCAAGCAGAUCAAAUAUCUAGUAGGAGAACAGAAUCUAGUAAAGAAUCAAAUGUUCUUUCUGAAAAUAGAAUCAGUAGUCAACAAGAAUAUUUGACAUCAUUGGCUGUGAAAUCGACUAAGGAAACCAUAGAAAGACUUAAUCAGACAGAUGAAAAAGUCUUACAAGUUGGAUUGAGAAAAGAGGUUAAGAGGCCCCCCAAAGCAUUGAGUUUCAAUGAGGGAAGUUCCAUGGAGGCCUCUAGUUCCCAGGCAUCUUUGAGAUUGAAAACACAGCAUAUAGUGCAGCAAAUUGGCAUGGAUGUGAGAGAUCGAAGUAGCUCACAUGCAAAAGUGACUCCAAUUCAAUUGGUUGCAGGAGCUUCACUUCAUAUUGAACAAUCUGGUGAUGUUGUAAUGAAAGAGGCUUCCAAUGCAACUUCACAUCAUGGCUCUGAUGUGUCACAUCCAUUUGCAGAGUUAAAUCCUCCAGCUUUACAGCAUGAAAGAUAUAGUGGAACAAGUAGGGUUGGGACUCUUGAGGAGCCCUUGAACCUCAUUUCUCAUGAAGAUGCAUUUGGUUCAGCCUACCGAUUACAGAAAUCUUCCAUGCACCAUGUUGGUGAGUUUAUUGAGAAGGUGACACAUGAAGUCUCAACUUCCAAAAUCGAAAGCAAUAAUAAAAUUUCUGGAGCAGAGUCGGUUAGUGAACAACAUAAAUACAAUCAUGAAAGCUCGAGUCAGUAUGGUUCUGUAGAUUUUAGGUUAAAAGACCCUGACUCAAGGCACUCAUCCCAGACUUCUAGUGUGAAGGGGCCUUCAGAUGAAAUAUGGGAUGUGACAGAACCAUCCAUUCAAGAACCUGCUGAUGUGGUGGGUUUACCAGGAAGCGCUUUACCAAGCACUGGUAUAGUUGCAAAGAGAACUGGCAAGUCCUUUUGGAAUAUCAUUUCAGAUAUAAUCCGGAUGCAGUGGGUUUCAAGAUCAAGAAGCAAUAAUUUAACUCUAAAGUCAGGUGGCAAGAGUUCACCAAAUCAAUCUACUAGUAGUGAGGCUUGGUUCUCUGGGCAUGAGCCAGAAGAAAACAGUGACAAGGAUGUGAAAAGGGAAGAGAGAAGCAUGUCACAAGAUUCCAAGUCUGCUGAUGAGCAUCAUCAUCAGGUAACAAUUGCCACUGGAAGUCAAGGAGCAGGGUCCAUCUCCAGAAGCUCAACAAACAGAAAAGAUCAUGCAGCAGGGGAUACGCCUUCCUCUUCAGGUGGAUCAUCAUCCAAAGGUAUUUCCUCAGUUUCCAGUGGAAAGAAUUUUGGAAAGAGGGGAACAGGAAAGCAUCAUGCUAGUACUUCUGAUGCAGUAGUUGAAUCUCAAGCACCAUUGUCUUCUCUACAGAGUAGAGGAUCUCCCCAUGCAGAUGAAAUUCCAGAAGCCAGUAAGACUGACAUAUCUGCAAGUAGUUCAUUAGUGCAGAUGGAGCAACAACUUCAUGCUGGUAUAACUAAAGGGUCAGGGACUGAGAGACUGGAUUGGCAAUUGAAACAAAGAAAACUUCAACGGAGCAGUCAGAUCCUGACUGAUAAAGUUGAUGAAUGGGAAGAAACAUAUAAACAUGAAAGUAUGCAGCGAAAAAUUGAUGAAAUGUUUAUGAGGGAGGCGCUGUUGGAGGCCAAGAAGGCUGCUGAUACAUGGGAGGUGCCUAUUGGGGCUGUGCUGGUACAACAUGGAAAAGUAAUUGCCCGUGGGUGCAACCUAGUGGAAGAAUUGCAUGACUCCACUGCCCAUGCAGAAAUGAUUUGCAUAAGGGAGGCUUCAACCCUGCUCCGUGCAUGGAGACUUGCAGAAACUACUCUAUAUGUAACCCUUGAGCCGUGUCCAAUGUGUGCUGGAGCAAUUCUUCAAGCCAGGAUUGACACUGUUGUAUGGGGAGCUCCCAAUAAACUCCUAGGAGCUGAUGGCAGUUGGAUUAGGCUUUUUCCUGAUGGGGGUGAAGGUGGAAAUGGCUUGGAAUCAAUGGGUAAGCCACCGGCUCCAGUCCAUCCAUUCCACCCAAAGAUGACAAUUAGGCGAGGUGUAUUGGCAGCAGAAUGUGCCGAUACAAUGCAGCAAUUCUUCCAGCUAAGGAGAAAGAAAGCGAAGAAACCCAAUUCGCCAAGGGCACCUUCAUGUCUUCCCGUUUCUGGCCACACUGCAAAGUUCUUGACCAAGAUGCAUGAUGCCUUCCACUUCAUGUUCUGCUUGUAAUGGAUCAAUCAAUGGCUUUCAACAACUGUGCCAUUUGAUCCAAUCAACUUCAUUUUUUAUGUACUUACAGUUUACUUGUUAAUGAUAAAUUUUGAAGAGGCAAAUAGAUCAUGCCGUGUGCAGUGAAGAUGGCUCCAAAACUUUUCACCGAGAUGGCAUCAUGUACCUUUUGUAAUUGGAUCAGACAAUGGUUUUCAUCCAGAAACUGUCAUUUUGAUUGAGGUGAGUACAGUUUCGAUGCAUCUACAGUUGCUAUGUUUAUAACAAAUUUUGUAGAGGCAAAUGGCAUCAUUAUCAGUAAAGAUUAUAUCCUG